GUAAAAUAAGAUUUGAAAUAUUAAAAAAAAUACAUUAAAAAAAUGAUGCUUGACGAAAAAGAAAAAUGUUUGCUCAUCUAUAUAUUGCGAUCAAUCGUUUCCACGCGAUAGAUCACUGGUCACGUGCCGCUGCGCGUCGGUUCAUCGAUCACGAUUAGUCGUAUGACCUGCCAGAAGUUCAUCGAUUUUCAAGCCACCCUGAAGUUAACUCGUGUGACAACAAUUCAUGCGUUCAUUGGUCGAAAAUAUUAUAUUCUAUCCAAUAUUGAUUUACAUGAGUCAAUAGAAAUCUAACAUAAUUUAAAUUUAAUAUAUGAUUGGUAAAAACAUAACCUCUUUUCAUAUGUUACUAUAUUAUUCUAGAUGAGACAAGAAGUGAUUGGACAGAAUUAUUAUUGUCAUAUUGGAAUAAAACAUUCAAUGGAAGGAAACAUUUAUUGGUCUCUACAAAUUGAUAUAAUCUUUUGAUCUGCAAUCCGUGUCUUCGAUCAUAGAUGCAUCGCAUAUUUGAAUUCCCAAAACAUCGAUGCAACGAUUUUUCUCUGUGAUACUCAACUGAAUAUAUGUAUUUACAGUGUCGACUCACAAAUAGAACUCUUUGUUCUCUUUCGUAUAAAAUUCUGAGCGAUCCCCAGGGUACUUUGCCGACCAGUUCACUGCUUACUUUCGAAUGUAUUCACUAGGGAGUUUCGCGUUAUAUUUUCCAUUCUCAAUAGCGGAAGCGUCGGUGUGCUUUGAUCUGACGAACGACUAGCACUAGCUUUUAAGCUUGUAAAAGUAACAGGCAGAUGGUUAUACAUCUUUAUAAAUUCAGAAAAAGUUCGAAUGAAGAUUAAUUGAAGAAUUAUUAAUUUGGUUUAUAAAAAGUUUCUAUUAUUAUUUUUAUAUGAUAUAUUUGAAAUACAUAUAAUUUAUCGAUAAGUCAGAUAGUUAAGUCAGAUUGUGUAUUCUUUGGGAAAGUACAAAUUCUCAAAGCGGAGAAACGGUUCUCUUCAAAUCGAUUGAGAAUUAAUCCGACUGCUAUCACGUUUCGCAAACGUCACUCCAUUGUCUCAUUGUCCAUUGGAGUGAGAGAUAGCGAUGGAGCAGUAGAGAACGAGAGAUGACUUUCCUUCGUUCCUAUCUUGCCUCCUUUUGAGAUCCCGUCUCGAUCCUAUUGGAGGCCAGGGGGAUUCUCUGUUCUUCUAUGGGCAACUAAUGCUACUGGACGAGAAUUGAAACUAUGACCUGUAUCCGACUCAUUUCACCGAUUGCUUUUAUCACUUUUUCUAUAUUUAUUAAAGUUUUCUAUAUCAUUAAAGUUUCAAUCGAAAAAUGCGUGUAUAAUAAAAUAAGAAAAAAAGAUAAUAAAAAAUGUCUUCUAUGAGCGAAUCUCUGUAUCUUUUUAUAUUAUAUAAAUGAUUAUCUCAUAUUUCUUUACAUUAAAAUAUUCUAUACAUUCUAUAUAACAAAAAAUUAAAUAUAAACGACACUUUUUAAUCUUAUCUUUGUAGAUCUCGAUUACGAAAUGGCUUCUUGAUUGAAUUCUCGUUUGCCUGCCUCUCGUUCUUCGGUCAACUCGGUUUGAUCGGCUGUUAUCAGUAAAACAUUAAACGGACAAAGAACAGAACAUGGCUACAGACUAUAGAUCAGAUCGUUCUCGAUGAUCAGGGUACAUGGAGAUUCCUCGGAUAUAUCUGCGUCGCUGAAAAGGGGCGUCAUGCAUGGCUCGCACUAGGGUGUCAUCUGCACCCUCUACAACAUGACCAGUUCUGUAGACGAUCUUCACGGUCAAUAUAACGGAUGUCGUAAAAUCAAUUAGUGGCGAAUUGUGCCGCAGCCCGGAUCGUAUGCACUGUACGUGCAGUUCAUAAAAUUCCUUUUUUUUUGUGAUCUUUUUGAAUUACUCUAUGUUCCUCGCAUCGGUUCCAGUCGAUAAUCAUUUCUUAUCAAAGUACAGUUUUAAAACUUAUCUACAAUAUUAUACAUGUACUUUGUUAAAUUUUUCAUUUGCAACAGGAAUAUGAUAUUGGUAUGUCAUAGAUAUUUCUGUAAGUCGCUUUUAUAUCAUUCCGACAAUAGCUUAGUUAAUAUUGACUUUUGAAUGGUCCAAUCUUAGAAAGAGCCUUUCCUUUUAGCGUGUUUCAGCAUACAGUAAAUAUUAUCAGGAAGCCAUCCCCGCAUAGUGAGACUCAAACGACAUCCUGACAAAUCUUUGGGGUCGACGUCGUAACCAAUUGAAAGAAUUUUCCGUGACGACUCGUUCAUUGUGCGUGUUUACUAGCUAAGCGAUUUUCUCGUUGUAGAAAGGUCGAAAUAUCUUUCAGAAAUACAAUAGAAAACUUGUAACAAAAAUCAUAGAAUCAAACAUUUUAAAGGGAAAUUUAUGUUAUUCACAGGUAGCAACGAUUCAGAUCUCAGUAAAUUGUACAAGUUUUUAUCAUCCGAGAGACGUAUAUCUAUGAAAAAGAGAAAUAGUCCACGUAAAACUUUAACGUCCUUUGUGCGAACGUCACCCGUUACAACGCAACGUUGCUUUGGCUAAGAGCCGGUUAUCUUGACAUCUCUACCUCGCUAAUCUGUGACGAUUAACCCAAAACAUGGGAAUAAUAGGAAGGGAAACCGAAGAGAAGACGCACAUAUGAAAUUCAUUCUUCUUCAGCAAGGAGUGAAAGAAAAGGUUCUCCUUGUGGCUACAACUCACAACUUACAAUUCGGUGGCUACGAAAUGGCUACACCCUUUCAUGAACGCGCGGUUCAACCACUCGUGACCCGACCAACUUCGCCCCAAGUGGUAAGUGUGGCGGGAAUUAUGCAAUUAUUGCAUUGCGCCCGACAAUUGUCGCGGAAAACGGUGAGUGCCUGAAUGGCCUGAGUGUCUAAGGGGCAAGGGGGCGCGAAAGAAGGAUUUCCUUGCCGAUUUACUACCGAGAUCUCCCCAUACGUUUCAUUCCUUGUUUUAAUUCAUUCCAUGUUGGAUGCGAUAACGAUCGAAAGUCAGAGGUAAAACGAUCCUAAUCGGAUUUUGGAAAUAAAAAUGUAUCGUAAGAUCAGAUCAGAUAUUCUUGAAUAUUAGAAUGAAUUGUGUGAGAUAUAUAUUCGAAUACAUCUUUAAAAUGGAAUCAUGAAAUUAUUCGUGAAAAUUCUGGUGGUUUAUUUGUAAAUUCCUUUCGAUUUCGUUGGUUUCUCAAGAUUCCCAAGGGAAAGUCUGCUUCAGUUGUAACAUUAGUCAAUCAAAUUGAUGUAUCGUGCGAUUGCCUGGAAUUUAAAAUGUAUUUAAAUCUGAAAACACUAUAAUUUAAACAUCAAAUAACAUCAAAUAUUUUUCGUGGAAACAAAAACUUUUAUAUUGAAGAUAUUUUCAAUUGUAAUUGUUGAAUUUUUAUUAAGAAUUCAAAGUUUGACCAAUGGAAAAAAAGAAUGAAAUCUGCCUCUGUUAAUAAAGAUACCAAUCUAUAUGAUGUACAAGCCACAGCCAGAGAUACACAUAUACGGGGAAAAAUAUUUCAAUUUAUGAUAUAAAACGAACCAAUUCCCAGUUUUUUGGAGCUUUGUGAACAGGAAAUUGAAAAAUUUUCUGAAUAAAAAGGAAAACGUAUAAAAUUAAUACGAACAACAAAUUUUGAUUAUUCUGCCUUCGUUAAAGAUAAUAAAUGAUAAAAAAAUUUCAAAAAGUCAAAAAAAAAAAGGAAAAGAAUAUUAAAUUUUAUUUUUUCUUUUGUCGAAGUCGACAAAUUCUAUUGCGUGCUGUCUGAUAUCAGCAUAAAUUAAAUAAAUAUUGAUUGAACAAAAUAUUUGAUGCAUUUAAUCUAACGCAUAAAAGUUUUUUUGGAUUUACCUAUUUAAAUCUGUUACGAACCAAUUUUUAGUCAAUAAUUUAUUGUCGUGCAUAAUAACGAGCCUGUUUGAUUUGUAUAUGAAUGCCUGGGUAAACAAUUACUGAAUUCAUGUGUGGAACCCUAAAACUUAAUUAUCUAGAAGAAAGAUGCACUUGAUCGACUGGUUAUUUAUUUUUUCUGGCUGAUGAAGAAUUUUAUAUAAUGAAACUGUUUAGAUUAAAAAUCAUGGCUCCUAUAAAUUUUACAGAAAGAUCAGAGACCCCUCUUUCAGAAUAUAAUUGAUCGAUCCUUCGUUUUCAUUAAAUCCUCUUCUUAGGAAUUUUUAUGUAGAAUAAUAAAAACUGUUGCUCAUAAAAACUGCUUUAACGAAAUAAAAAUUAAAUAAAAUAAUCCGCAGACUAUUUCAAUCUUUUUUAUAAGUUGAUCAAAGACAUUAUUCUUUGUAAUUCAAACAACUUAAGAAACUUAAAAAAAAAUAUAUUCUACGAAGAUUAUUUAAUGAAAUAAAUCAUGCAAGAUGAAGAAAUUUUUAUAAUUGAAAUGACAAAGUGCAGGAAUUUAUCAAUAAGAAAAAGCUUCUUAGAAAAGGAUUACAACCUGUAUUAAUUCAAAAGAAUAUUAUAUGUCUAUUAUGAAAACUAGUAUGAAUUGUUGAAACAUAUUAUGUUUCUAUAUAUAUAUAUAUAUAUAUAUUACGUUUUACAAUUUUUCAUCUCUCAUUUUUGUUCCAUUGAAAAGAAUUUAUAAAUUGUAAAAACUAUUGAAUUAUGUGCUUCCACGAAGGGAACAAUCACUGUGUGAAAGUCGAGUCAAUGCUAUAACAACGAGACGAUCCGCAAAUAAAGAGGAUCUGCAGGAAAUCUGCAAACACGAGCGAAGCAAACGGGCCGGUCCAUUAAUAUUCCCUCGUACGAUCCGAAUAAGGAACGCGCAGUGAACUGAGAGGCUGCCCGACCGAAGCUAUAAAAAUUAAUUAGCUCUUAGAAGAAGAGACUGGCUUCUAUACCCAUGACUCGUUCACCAAAACUGUGAGACCAUCCUCCGUAGGAAACGACCUUACUUCGUUAUUUGAAGGAUCCAAGCUGGCACGGCUCCUGUCAUAGAUCCUCGAUGAAUGAUCGAUACGAUAUCCCUUGAACGUGGCUCGAUCCAGACCCUUUCCCUACAUCGUUGUUGCAAGGAGAAAAGGAGGCAAGUGAAUAGAAAAUGAAAGAGAAGCAUUUUGGUGCAUUAUUAUACAGCACAGAGGGAAUUCGAUUAUGGCCAGUAUCCACAAAUUGCCUUCUAGUUAGCGGGAGUAUCUUGUGGUCGAACUAUCGCGAGAUAAUUACACUUCAACCGCUAUAAUGGCAAGUUAGUUAUAGAGCGGUGGAUCUUGGCUCGGGAAUUGCGAGCUGGCUGAUUGAGCAUAUCCACUGAAAAGGAACCGUUUCCUUCUUGCGAAGGACAAACUUUGAUCGAACGAAUGCUCGAGAAAAUCGAUUUAUCAUGUCAAUCGUGUCAAUGUGAAAUUGAUUAUCUAUCUCUUCAUCUUUUAUUUACUUUACUUCGAAUUAUCUUAAAAAUUGAAACGAUUCUGUUCUUUAAUUCAACUGUUGCGACUACGAUGAAGCAAAAUGGGGAUUAAUAAAGAUUAAUGAAACGUUAACGUGUUUUUAAUUAGUUCGUGAAAAUGGAAUAGAAGUUGAGAAACUUCUGUUCUUUAACUGAAUUACAAUUACGAAAUCAAAUGUUGAUCAAGGUAGAAACGCAAAAGGAGGAAAAAAGCAGGCAGGUGUAAUGCGACAAGAGGUAAUAGAUAUUUUUCCAAGAUUUAAAAGUGUCUGCAAGAGUCAACCUACGGAACCUUCUCACACUGCGCACCGGCGUUCGAGCUUGAGAGCUCUUCGCCUUCGGAACAAUAAAACCAUUUCUGUGGGGGAGUGAAACAACUCUGGAAACCGUUCUUCAAAUUGCUGAUGGAGGCACAGAAUCAUCGCAGAUUAAAAUCAGCUGAAAAAAAAGAUGAAAGAAAAGAUUGUGAAAGGAAAAAUGCUGAAAUAGAAACUAGAUUAUCGUGGACGAAGAAGGAGGAAAUCGGGAAUCGUGGGUGCAUUAUAAAGAAGCGCGCUAACGGAAUACGAUUUUAUCCGUGGGAACUUGGACAGAUCUUCUUGAGGAACAUCUGCGGAUAAAAUAUUCGUGGUGCACCAGUGGAAAUAAGGAAUCACCGCAUGGGUGAUCUAUUUUAGAAGAUGCGAACCGCUCUCCAUGGGUGUCUAGCCAGCGGAAAAAUUGAAAGGCCGCGCUAAUUCGCGCGACAAUGGUUGCCGACAGCACGCCGGAACGGAAGUUUAUCGCGAACCUCGCGAAAAACGACCUUUGGCCGGGCGCCAAUCGUGGCACGAUCUUCCGGGGCUCAUGGCCAAUGACGAGGACCACUCUUGUCGCGCCGACUUGCAUAAUUUAUUAUCGACCGACGUUUCGACGACAAAUGCUCGACGUUUCAUCCAAUUGCGAAAAAUUUCGUGGUCAAUCAAACCUUGCCCAUUCUUUUCGAAUUCGUUCGAAGCGUUAAUACAAGAUCAAUUUAUAUUAAUUUUCUUGUCACGAUCAUUAAUAUACCGAGAAUAUUUUUUACACGGAAGAUCUGCCUUGGAAAAUAUUUCAAUAAAAUCAUCCUCUGGUUGGCCAAUAGUCAAUUGCACAAUGUUGCGCGUACAAGCGAACGUAUCUAUACAUGGGUCAAUGAUCGAAGAGUUUAGACAGGAAAGCAAUAUUAUAUACACAGUCAUCGAUAUUCUUAUUAACGAAUUUAUUCUCCACAGAUUAAACGAAGGAUCUCGAGCCCGUCGAACACGCAUUGAAAGUAUUUGGAACGUGAAACAGAUCUUCAUGGUUCCUCCCUUCUCGAGUUGCCGAUCUGACGUAAAGGUGAUGAAUGCACCGGCAUUUAGCAAAGUCGCUCGCCGGCUUGCGAGAGUCGCCUAGACGAUAGAAGGAUCAGGGUGUAAAAAAGCAGCGACUACGUUGGCGGAAGGACAAAGGAAAAGAAGAAAGAGAAAGAGAAACGGAGGGAGGGGAUCCAAAGACGCGGGGCCGGAAAGGGGCGGAGGGGAGAGAGAAAGAGAAAUGAGGGAAAAGGGAAGAGGGAAAGAGGUUGUGCGCGCGGAAUUCAGAAGCGGAAAGAGGGAUGGAAAGAAAAAAGAAAAGGGGGAUAGAAGAAGGAGGAAGAGAGAGAGAGGGAGGGAGGAGGAGGAGGAGAGGGAGAGGGAGGAGAGGAUAGGGUGGCGGAGUGAAAGAGUAAGAGAAAGAGAGCAGGGAUUAGAUCUCAGGGUGAGUGGGUAGGAUUGGAUUUGGCAGAGGCGGCUCCGUUGGUGGUAGAAGGCUGCCGGAGAAGGAGGAAAGGGGAAGUGGAGACUUUGGUUGGUGUCCGAGUGGUGGUGGGGUUGUGGAUGGGGAAACGCACCGAGCCAAGGGAGAGUGUCAGAGAAGGAGAGACGUAAGUGACAGGAUAGGUGGUGGUGUAGGUGAACUGGACAACCACCAGAACUCUCGCCAGUAUUUAAGGGAGAGUCGCGAGCGUAGCGCGCCAGUUACUACGGCCGAUUGCCUCCACGAGGUGUCCCCGAGAUAACGGAGUCGACGUGCACGGCACUCGACUCUGGUGUGGAAAGAAAAAGGGCGCGAAAAGUCUUGGCCACGUGACUCGAUUUUGCGAAACGCUCGGCUUCCUUUUUUAUUAUCACCGCACCCGUAUCGUUCGCAUACCGUUCAACAUUCCAAAGUUUCUAAAGUUUUGCGCAUGAAUUUGUUCAGUGACGAUGUAAUGUAGCUACGGGGACGUACGAGUCGAGAGAUUUUUUUUUUUCUAAUAAGAGAAAGAUUUCCGUUUAAUAAUUACGAUCGAUAGUUAUCGAAAGGAGAAGUGAUGAUAGAAGAAGGUGAUUGAACCGGUGACAGUCGUCGAACAUGAGGGAAUGUGCAUCCUUUGAGAAAAUUUGCCUCAGUUCACGGAAUCAGUGUACGAUUUAUGGAAGAAUUUAAAUCGUCGCACCGAGGAGUCUUUGGUACUUUGGCUCGCGGACCGUGCAGAUGAGCGUGAUAUCAAGGGAAAGAAGGCGAAUCGUUGGGAUCCGGUACCCGAUGCUGCCGGCAUUGGGGCUGCUCCUGGUGUUGACGGACGCCGGGGCUGUUCACCAGCAAUCGAACCUUCUCCUAUCCUACGCGAACACGUCGUUUGGAUUCCCCGGGACCACGUCCAAUCGCGGUAUUUCAGUCACCAGGAUUCUGCAAGACGGGGAACUCGAACGUGUGAUCCGGUUGCCUGGAAUUUGCGCCAAGGAGACCAUCGUCAAUUGGGGAUACACGGACGUAGCAUUGAGACAGGUCUGGAUACAGAAGACGGGCAGAAAAUUGCAAUUGAUAUACGAGGGUGGCACAUUGACCGACUGCAUGGACGAUAUACUCACCGAUAGCGAUGAGAGAUCUUGUACGUCAAGCACACAUUUGGACGACGAUUAUGACGAUGAGAUAUCCGUGGAAUUGUUCGAGGUGGACGGGCAGGAGGAUGCAUUGAGGAUCCCCCAGGAUCUAUCCUGGCUCUCCUCCGUGUCCAACUUACGUCAUCGAUGUACCCACGUAAGGAACAGGGCGCGAAAUCAACUGAUUUCUCAGCAUCGGCGAAGGAAAUAUUCAAAGCUUUUAAAUGGGACGAAUAGCGGCCACCAUCAGAGACGAGGUAAAAGCCGUUCGCGAAGAGACUUGUUGAUGAUCCCAGGAACACAAUGGUGCGGUCGUGGCCAUCGGGCCACGAAAUAUACGAACUUAGGCGGUUUUGGCACAGCAGAUGCUUGCUGUCGAAGACACGACACGGCGUGUCCCUUUUUCAUCCCGGCUUUCGAGACACGCUACGGUUUCUUCAACUGGGGUAUCUCAAGCAUGAUGCAUUGUGCCUGUGAUGAACGAUUUCGAACGUGUUUGAAGAUGGCGGGCACAGCAUCGGCAAAUUUUAUUGGCAAGAUUUUCUUUGAUGUUUUAAGAACGAAAUGUUUCAUAUUGAAACCACAAAAGGUUUGUACGAAAUGGUCCUGGACGGGCAAAUGCCAACAUUAUGAAUAUCGAAAGCAGGCUCAUGUUCGCAAUAAUGUUCCUUAUCAUUAAAAUGGAAAAGUAGCGGAUAUGUUUGAAGAUAUUCUUUUUCUAGAAAUGUCAAUACCAAUUCUCAGGGAUGUAAUAAUUUAUCGAAAGUGUUCGAUCAUGACUUAAAGGCAUGCAGGACAACGGAUCAAAGAUAAAAAUAAUCAUCCUCUUUAACUGUUUAACUAUAUAAAUGACAAUACAUAGUGGUCACGAUAGAAAAUUUAAUCAUUAGAACAGAUUUGAAACAAUUUAAUAUAUUUCAAAUUUCUCGGAACUUUUCAUGAUGUUGAGUGAUUUGCAAUAAAAAAAAUAAAUUCCAAUAUCUGAAAUAUUUAAAAUAACAAUUAUAAAUAUAACAUGUAAUAAAAAUCAAUAAUAGAAAUUUUUAAUUUUCGAUUUUUCAAAAUUAAAUUCUUUUUAAAUGGCAAAUAAUAAAGAGAAACGAUAAACGAAAUCGAGAAAUGAAAUCGUUUGAAAUAGACAGGGUAUCAUUUCUAUUAUCUAUAACUAUAUAAUAACCAUGUAGUCUUUAUUGUUCUCAAAGAUGCCAAAUAAAUUAUUCUGUAGAUAAAUCAUAAUAAAAAUGUACAUAUAUUACAAAUAGCAUAAUUUUUAAAGCAUGAAUCUAGAAAAAUUGAAUGCAUUAAAAAAUAGUUUAACCGAAUUGUUAUUAAAAAUGAUAGUUAAAAAAAUUUGGAAAAUCUAUUUCUUUAAAAUCGUUGAAUCUAUAUAGUUAGAAAUCUGAAUAAUAAAUUAUUAAUUUAUUUUUAUUUUAAUUAUUCAUCUACGUAUGAUAACAUUAAUUUUAUGUUAUUUAUGUUUGUGCAUGUAUUUAAUAUAUUGUAUUUAUGUAUGAACGAAGCAUGCUUUUGAAUAAUAAUAAUAAUGUAUAAAAAUGUUGAAAAAAAUUCGAAAUUAUAACUAUACAAUAGUAUUUAAAUAUUCAAAUAUACUAUUUAAAUAAAAUAUAUCAAAAUAAAUUAUAUUAAGUAAAUAUAAAUUAAAUACACGAUAUGUUUUCAUAUUGUAUAAAUGAAAAUAAUUCAUAUAUAUCGUAAAGUGUCAAAAUAUUUAAAAGUAAGUAUAUAAUUGUAAAUAUGUAUAAUAGGAGAACAAUAUAUCAUCUUUAAUAAAUAAUACAUUGUAAGAAUAAUUACAAUAAAAUCUUGUGAGGAAUUAUAAAAAUUGAA